AUGAUUCUCGAGGAGUCUGAGUGUUCCGCGAUCUUCACCUUAUUAAGCUUAUCCAUGCCACUUAUUAUACCUGAUGCCAGGGAUUCGUUGAACUGCCCACAUCACCACCACCUUGACUGCCUGGCACUGGGCAUAUUAUAUGACAUGCACCACUUAUCGAUUAACGAUGUGAAAUUGCAGAAUAUCCCCCCGUCGCACUUGCAUUCCAUUCGCGAGGGGAUCUCCAUCCAUGAAGAUCUUGAGGCCAAACUGUUUCCCAAUGAUGGGCUGUUGCUGCAGGGCAUCUUCUUGAAAAUUCCCUUCAAUCAAGCAUCGUGGCGGCCGCUGGCCGUCUGGCUGCCUGUCAGUACGCAGGAUUGGAGAUUAUAUCAUGGUUUGAUGAAGUUAAGGACCUCACGUCAUCUACGCGCCCUCUCCGUUCUCAUUUUUGAACUAAAAGCCCAAACCACGGCACUCCUAGGCCACUCGAUUCGCUCCGUGGCCAUCUCGUGGCCAGAUUACGUCCAACUAUCGGCCAACCAAAAGAUCACCAAGCUCAUUAAAACAGGUGGCGCCGCGGCCCCCAGCAAUUCGAGAUUUGUCAGAGACGAUCGAAAUGCUCUGCGCAUGUACCUGGAGCUAGCUGCCCUGCGUGUGCUGGAGGACAAUCUAGACCCUGUUUUUUUCAUGGCUGCGAAGGGUGCAGCGGAUUUCGCGAAGAGAACGCAAGAGAACCCUAGAGGUUGUGUUGAGAGUGAGCGGUGUCGGAGUUUGAGGGGGAAGAAAAGGUAG